AAGCUUUACGUUGUGUAAAAUAUUACAAGACGGACUCGUUUACUCUUAUGUUUUUUUUAGGUAAUCAUUGACUCACUGGGCGUUUAUGAAAUCCGAAGUUCUGUUGUGACUGCUGCAUGGGCCUCACUUUGCUCCACCCACAACUGCAAACUGAUCCAACCAGCCCACGACGAUGUAUAUGAUGACGAUAAAGUUUGGAUAAAUUGUGCUCCUGAGGUUAAUGCAGACAUUCUUCCUCAGACGGACAGUGAUUGGUUUUAAACAUGAUUUUGUGGGUGAUCCUCGCAGCCUUUGCAAUUUGCAUUUUUUUCCGCUUCCCUUACUUAUACCAGGAUGUCAAAUACAUCGUGAGAAAUCUGCGAAUACGACGCAGGGUUUCCCACUACAUCCAGAACAAUUACACCAUCGUGGACUGCUUUUUGGAGAGGGUAAAAAAGCAGCCGAACAAGCCGUUCCUCCUCUUCAAAGAUGAGACGUUCACGUACCAGGACGCCGAUCGGUUGAGCAACCAAGCCGCGAGGGCGCUCCUGCAAAACGGCUUGGUGAAGCAAGGCGACACGGUGACUUUCUUUGUGACCAACGAGCCCAUGUUCGUGUGGCUGUGGUUGGCUGUGUUCAAGAUUGGAUGUUCGGCGGCUCUACUCAACACUAACAUCAGGUCCAAGUCUCUGCUGCACUGCUUCAAGUGCAGCGGCGCUCAAGUCCUGCUAGUGGCUGAAGACUUGGAGGGGGCGGUGGAGGAGGUGCUCCCAGAGCUUCUGGAGAGGCAGGUGACUGUGUUCUCAUUGGGGAGCAAACAAACAAGUUCAGGCAUACACGGCUUCAUUGACAAGAUGCGAAAUAUGUCCUCUGAACCGCUCGCCGAAGAUUUAAGAUCGCAUUUGAACAUGCACAGUCUUGCCUGCUACGUGUAUACAUCAGGGACAACAGGUUUCCCGAAAGCAGCUGUAAUAUCUCAUACCAAACUGUGGCGCUUCGUGAUGAUUCUCCGCUCCUGCGGAUUGAAAUCGGACGAUGUGCUAUAUGUCAGCCUCCCUCUCUAUCAUAGCGCGGGACUUGCUGGAGUGACAGGAGCCAUCGACUUAGGUAUCACAGUUGCCCUAAAGAGGAAAUUCUCUUCAUCGCAGUUCUGGGAUGACUGCAGGAAAUACAAUGUGACUGCCAUACAGUACAUUGGUGAAAUAAUGCGUUUUCUCUGUAACACACCAAAGAAACCCAACGACCGAAGCCACAAAGUCAGAAUCGCAAUCGGCAACGGCAUCAGAGCCAACGUUUGGAGAGAUUUCUUAAACCGCUUCGGAAACAUUCAAAUCUUGGAGCUUUACGGAGCAACAGAGGGUAACAUCAUUUUAAUGAAUUACUCUGGAAAGAUCGGAGCGGUGGGACGAGACAACUUCUUGCAUAAAUGGAGUUUUCCCUUCGCACUGAUCAAGUAUGAUGUGGAACAGGGAAAACCUCUGAGGGAUUCAACGGGUCUUUGCAUCCAGGUUCCUAAAGGUGAGCCUGGCCUUUUGGUGGCGGAGAUAUCUGUAAGGGCACCAUUUUUGGGCUAUGCAAGAGACCUGCAGCAGACCGAAAAAAAGAAGCUGCACGAUGUCUUAAAGAAAGGUGAUGUCUUCUUCAACACCGGUGACUUGAUGCUCAUCGACAAAGACGGCUUCGUUUACUUUCAUGACCGCAUUGGCGACACUUUCAGGUGGAAGGGAGAGAAUGUUUCCACCAAUGAAGUGGCUGAUGUCAUCACUCAGGUGGACUACAUCACUGAGGCCACCGUGUACGGUGUGGAAGUGCCAGGCAAUGAGGGCAGAAUAGGCAUGGCGGCCAUAGCUCUAAAAGAUGGACAUACAUUUGAUUCCGAAGGCGUCUUCAAGCACCUUGAAAGCUUCUUGCCAGCCUAUGCCAGGCCACGUUUUAUAAGGAUUCAGAGCUCCUUGGAUGUCACGGGAACGUUCAAGCUUAUGAAGGCGGGGCUGGUUAAGGAAGGCUUCAACCCCUCUGCUAUCCCAGAUCCACUUUAUUUUCUGGACGACAGGGAGAAGAAAUUUGUUCCACUUACAAUGGAUAUAGUCCAUGCAGUUUUAUCAGGCAAAAUCAAAAUAUAACACUUUUUUGUGCAUGUGUGUAUGUGUGUGUGUGUUUAAUGCUCAUGUGUUUGUGCGUAUGAGCUCGCCCUCCCUCCCUCCAUCAAUCAUCAGACAAACAAGGCUCAGUUUCUCAACUUGCCAUUCCUCUUCCUUGUCUUCCUCCUGCAGAUUUAUGACAACUUCCCGCUCCACGACGAUAUUAAUAUUUUCAAACCUUUUUUUUCUAAUCACAUGACGAUAUGUGCAAUAUUUGCAACAAAAAGUGACCUGGAAUAACCCCUUGCUUACAAAUUGGUGUCUGAAUAUGAGAAGAGGGAGUGGUGUUUUGUUCACCACAUCACACCAUCAAUAUUAAAAUUCUGGGGUAGACCUUUUUUUAAAACA